AUGCAGAUGCAGCACGAAUUCUGGAACCUUAAGCAGGAAGCCCGGUCAGUCGGGGAGUACAAACGGGAGUUCGUCCGGCCGACACCCUUCACAGAUCGCCCAAAUCCCUCCCCGACACCCCUCUUCAUCUCGCUUGCAAAUUGGACCUAUCAGCCACCAUCGCCGGCCAUGCUCGCACCCCUGUCGGGAAGAGCCCUUAUCGACGGCGUCCCUGCACCCCCGUCUGUCACCGCGAACAGUUCCUCCGGCGAGACGAGUUCUGUUCGCGGCUGGAAUCAAAUAGCCGGCUCAAUUGUGACGAGGGCCGGCCUGUUCACCACCAGGUUUCGGCGAAUUUUUGGUGCAUUUGGCGAGAUCCCGGUGAGGGAGUUCCGUUCUUCGAUUGAAGAAGCCACUGACAGCGACCUUGCAGUAGAGGCAGGCAAAGAUGGUGAGCCAGGGCCACCCGAUUUUCUGGCAGAUAUGACCACCGACGGGCUGCGACCUCUGCACCUGCACCACCCGACGACCCCUCUUUCACCAGCGACCUUCUGUUCAGCUGUCGUCGCUCGAGCCAUCCCGACAGACCCCAGUCACGAGCCUUCUGCCGCGAGCCUCAAUCGAGCCCCGUCGAGGAAGCCGCGAUGUAGAACCUUGCCGAUGAGAUCCACGCACGUCAUGCUGAGCCGCCUCUCAGCCCGCACGCACUCCGGCAGCCGCGAACUACCGCUGCAACGCCUCGCCGGUUCCAUCGGGCUCCGGAGCCGAACGAGUGACAAUCAGGCUGAGAGCAACAACCAGCCGAGUCGUCUUCGAGCGCUUUAG